CAGCUGGUCGCUGGAUUUUCUAACAAUUAGCAUAAAUAAACAGCCUUUAGCCACGGUUUUAUUGUUUCAUUAUACAACAGAAAACAGAUAAGAUCCAUAAAAGAUGAAUGCUACAAGAAAGGCCCUUCUAUUGUCACCAUUUUUGCGGCAUAUUUUUAACCGAAACAUGUCCACCAACACCCAGCCUAUACUAUAUUCCUACUGGUCCAGUUCUUGUUCGUGGAGAGUUCGCAUUGCUUUGAACAUCAAGAAUAUAAAGUACGAAAUUCAACCAACUUCCUUGCUGAAAACAGUCAGCAAUCAUGUCUAUACACCGGAGUAUCUUGAGGUGAAUCCCAUGCAGAAAGUUCCAGCUUUGAAGAUUGAUGGACACACCCUGUGCGACUCUGUGGCCAUAAUGAACUAUCUCGAGCAGACUCGACCGCAGCCGGCUCUUCUGCCGCAAGAUCCUUUGUCCAGAACCAAGGUCCUUGAAAUUGUAGAGCUCAUUUGCUCGGGCAUUCAGCCGCUGCAGAAUGUCGCGGUCUUGGAGGUUAUCGGCAAGGAUAAAAGCCUGGAAUGGGCCCAGCACUGGAUAGCCCGGGGUUUCUGCGGCCUGGAGAGGGUUCUUAACCAAUCCGCGGGCAAGUAUUGUGUGGGAAAUGAGCUCACCAUGGCGGACAUAUGCCUGGUGCCGCAGGUUCGCAAUGCCAGAAGGUACAAAGCAGACCUGAGCCCCUAUCCCACCAUAGUGCGUUUGGACCAGGAGCUGCAGGAACUGGAAGUCUUCAAGUCCACUCAUCCCUCUAAGCAGCCAGAUUGCCCGCCAGAAUUUGCCAAGCAAUAAUUAUUAGAUUUAAGGAAACUUUAAACAUUCGAUUUGCAUUUAUAUAUCCUUUUCUUUUACCAAACUUAUCAAAUAAAAACUUGCUUUUGAGAUUCCAACCCAAGACGCAA